GCGGGUGUGUGCCAACAGCGAGCCCCUUACGGCGCAGGGCAGAGCACACAUCUUGCGUGCAUGGGGUGUGGUAGUGACCAAUCAAUGGGGUUCUACCGAACUCAAUAGUGUCUGCGGAGUGUCAAGUCACCGAGUGAUGACAUGUCCCGAUGUCAACCCAACCCCACCUGGACAUGGUGUCAAUAGUGUCAACAAUGUAGUUGGAAGUGGGCAAGGUGACAGGUACGUGAACUGCCGACACACAGAUCCUUUGGCCAACAAUAGCUAG